GUACAGGAUGCCUCCGGAUAGAAAGUUUGGAUCGUUACUAAAUAUAAGUCAUACGUAUGUCCUUUUUACAGCGGGGUACUGUAUGAAACUGCACGUAACUAUCAGUAACGAAACAGUACCCAUCGACAUGUUGGAAGUGGUUCUAGGGCGAUUUAACUUGAACCCAUUGCGCGCAGAUAGAUCUGCCAAUCGGAAAGUUGCGAGCUACGUGAUUCACCCCGAUUAUGUUCACUAUCUCAAAGCGGAUUCCGAUCUCACGGAUGUGACCCUCAAGAACGUCGUCGAGUUCACUCCUCUCAUCAGGCCUAUUUGCCUAUGGUCCGGUUCAAGUAAACUUGAAGACGUCGUUAGUAGGACGGGAUAUGUUGUAGGAUGGGCUAACGACAACUGUAAUCGUCGUGAUCUUGACGAUCAGCGGAUGGUGAGGGCGACGAUAGUGAGUCAAGUAAGUAGUUUGUUCCACAAAUUGCAGGAGAUCUGUCUCUGGACGGAUUCUAGAUUCAUUUUCACGAUAUCGGAUAACACCUUUUGCGCUGGUUCGCAAGAUGGACUGGGUCCUUGUCGCGGUGACGCUGGAAACGGGCUGAUACUUGUAAACAAUAUUACAAACAGUUAUGAGUUGCGUGGUGUUGUUUCGCGAUCUCUAAUCAAUGAAACUUCGUUCUGCGGUCUACUGAAAUACUUCGUUUAUGUUGAUGUGGCCAAAUACACACCCUGGAUUCAACAACAGAUUUCGAUAUAACGUUCGCCUUGCGUUGCAAAAUGCUGUAUAUGUUAAUCUAUAAGUUUCUUUGUGUAAAGUUCAAUGAAAACGCAGUACUUAUGUACAGUUACGCGUGUGGAUUAAACAGGUAUGAAUUCUGUUUUUGGUUAUUGAUGCCUCUUGUAAUGUGUCUCCAAUCUGUGUACAAAACGAUAUGAAUAAGCUGUUACACAUA